AGUUGCUCGGGGCUAAGCUCUCUUUCUUUCUCUCGAACUAGAAAAAAAUCUUUCUUCUCUGUGAGAAAAAAACUCUUUUGAAUGAACUUUCCCCUCUUUUUUUCUUUGUGGUUAUUACAAAGACAGUAACUGUUCUGACAAGAAGUUCCACAGUCACGGGUUUGGAUAUACGUAGUGGCCGCAAAAGGAUUCAGAGGGAAAGGAAGCACCAGUACAACCUGCAUUAGAAAAUAUUUCCAUAUUUGUGCAAUAGGAUUGGAAGAACGAGGUGCCUCCAUGCUUCACAGCUGAAGGGCGCAUAUGAUGACGGGCAACAGGCUCCUCCUAGGUGUGGGUAUCACAGCCUAAAUCUUUGCUUAGCUUGUUUAAUUAGAACAAACCUAGGCUGCCAGAUACCAUCACAAACUGACACAUCAGCAAGGACUGAACCUGGCCAGAGGAACUUCUGAUCAAGUAAUAAGAUUUUCUAAGGUCUGGAAAAGACGGUAUGUUGGAUCAGAUUCAUUGGCUGGCUGCUGUGACAGUCCUGGGAGUCCUGGAGCAAGCCUACUUCUUCCUCCAGGUGAUCUAUGCUAGGAGGUUGUUUGGUAUUUCUCCUCCAAAGAUCUCAGGCCCUCCUGAAUUUGAAAGGAUCUUUCGUGCACAGGUGAACUCCUCUGAGUAUUUUCCCAUCUUCCUGGCACUUCUGUGGCAGGCUGGACUCUUCUUCCAUCAAGGUCUGGCUGCAGCCUUGGGUCUGCUCUAUCUCUAUGCCCGCUACUGCUACUUUAUGGGAUACAUGGCAUCAUCCUCAGAAAGACUCGUCCCGAUAUACUUCAGCGCUGGAGUUCUCUGGAUUCUCAUUGCAGUCUCAGCCCUUGGCAUCCUGCAUUUCUUCCUCUGUCACUACGUAGGGUUGAACGUCCUCCAGCUUCUCACAGCAUGACCCAUUCCUCCGUGUUUCUUCACUGUCCUCAUCCUCAUUUCCUGCCCCCUCCUGCCCGCCUUAACAGACUGGUUGCAACUUGACAGCCCUCAACAGGAAAUCCACCCUCACCCGGGGUUUUAACAUCUCCUUCCUCACUGCCCAGCACUGGCAGGAACUGCUGAGCUGUGUAGAGAUACUUUUCCCCCAUGGCACUUUGUGUGCCAAGUGCUCCACAUCUGGCUGCUCCAUCGUGUCUGGUGUGGAAACAACAAUCCCAAACAAGGACAUAUAAAAGCAAACUCUUCUCAGUCUUAGUUUCCCAGUGAGUUGCCAAAGGGAAGUGCCAUGUGCUCCCCAUCCUCCAGUGGCUCUGCCCUCAGCCCAGGCACAGAACACGGAUUCAUGCCAGUUUUCCAAAGCUCACACCUAAGAAAGGCAUUUGGAACAGAUGUGGGCUGAGGCAUAACAAAAGAGGUGAGGGAUAAACUGGAGCAGCCACCAACAUGUUGUGCAAAAGUCUGUUGGUGCCCUCACGCUGGUUAUCAGCCACUGCUGUAAAUUGGACUGUGCAAACUCAUCACCACUGCUGCGUGUGCCACUUUGAGCUCAGCCCAGAGACAACAGGUACAAAUAAAAGGUCACUGAACUUGCUGUCCUGGGUGUCUCUUUGUGAGUCUGCAGAGAACAGAAACAUGAGUGUUUGAGUGCAAGGUGGCUGGCUGCCUUUGUUUCCCUGACAUGCAGCCCAACAAAGCCUGCAACCCUGUAUGCCAUGGGAGGAGAGCUCUGAGGAAGGAGAAACUGAUUUUUGGAGAUGUUGAGUUCAUGGGUUGGGUGCUGAGCUGCUCAGCACCAAAAAGUGGUUUACCCAGUGUUCAGGUCCCUCCCACAUCAAGAGGGGCUGGGUUUUCAUGAGUCCAGUGUUCAUAAUACUGAUGCUUUUGGCCACUGGUCCCUUCAUGUUGGUGCCCCAGCUCAGGAAAUCCCAGCAGUGCUCCAUGUGUCAUGUGGGGAAUUCACACCAAACCCAGAGAGUGAAAGAAAUUGCACGAGCAUGAUGCCAGUCCAACCACAUUAUAAAGCCUACUGCUCUCCCCUCCUUUUCCCAGCAGUAGGAAUAUCUGGACUGUCAGAACAAAAGGCAGGGGCUUUUUGGAAGAAAUUAUUAUUUUUUCACAUCGUUUCUUUUCCUUCCGUGCAUUUUAAAUUGGCUUCUCCAGCAAAGCCCCCAGUCCAUUUCAGGCUCUCCUGCCCUGGAGUCAUGCUGCUGCAUUGAAAUUGGCAAAUGCUGCAGGGCAAGGCUUAAAGCCAAACAAAAACUGUACAAUACUUGUCUCCGCAAAGUUUUCCGUGCAGCAAGGUCCCAUCCUCACUGGAAUCUUCAGGUGUCACAGCAAGAUAAACAAUAACUUUCUCCUGGCAUCUUUGGUGACACAUUUCAGAAAAGUCUGAGCAUAGUGUAACCCCGACUGUGCCUUAGCAAGGUCAAGAAGGAACAAAUUUCACAGUGAGAUUUCACUUAGCCUUUGCAUUAACAGGCCCUACCAUCUCCUGAAGUUUCCCCCAGUCCUCACCUUUUUACCAGUAUAACCAGACACAUCCCAGAGAGUUAAUGCAGAAGGACCAGCCCCAGCUGCUGGUGCAGGUCCUGACUCUGCAUCAAAACUCUGCUUUCUAGGUUUUGUCCAAGUGGCUGCUCACUGGUUCUGUAGACAUGUUACCCUGGUUUUUCUGAGUUUUUUAUAGCCUUUUAGAUUUUCAUAAAUGGAGUCAGAUUUUUAGUUACUGUACAAUAUUAAAAGCAGUUCUACCUUUUCCCCACAGAUGUAACAUAAACAAAUCCUUUGUUUUUCAUUCUCUGUCCUUUGUUUGCAUAUUUCUAACCUGAAAACAAUUGUAACUGACGGCUGGUCUGGCCAGUUGGCUUGAGAGGUGAAAACACUAAAAGCCAAUCUUCUGCUAGACCCACAAAUGUAUAAAAAGUAAGAAAUAAAACAAAGAGGCGCUCUCCGCCCUGGAUUCAGCCUUGAGCUGGACGGAGAAACCUCUGCUCUGCGAAA